AUGCCCUUGUUCAACCCGUCGGGAGGGAUGGCCAAGAAUGGCGUCGCAGAGGUCAGGGAUAUUGAAGGUGGGAACGGCGAGGCAGUCGGUUUUGUCGUCAGCGGUAUGGACUGUACUAGCUGCGCUGAUAAGUUGAUGUGUAUCCUCGGCACCAUGACGGGCGUCUCGCAGGCUCAGGUCAAUUUCGUCCGGGGUAACGGGAAGCUGAGCCUGGACCCCGCCACCACCAAUGCCGACGAGGUGCUUUCCUUCGCCACAAUGGCCAGCGGUUUCAGCCUGGCCAAGGUCGUAGGGGGUGAUUACUUCCUCGACGUCAUCACGUCACUACCCGGGACGGCGACGUUUAUCAACCAUCCGCCGCAUGGAGUGACGGAUGUUCAGGCCCUGGGAAAUGACAUGGCCCGCAUCACCUAUGACCCGACUCUGGUCGGGGCCCGCACACUCUACGACAGUAUCAGGGACAGAAGCCGCGGCUUGGCCCCUCCACUUGCUGAUCCGCAGCUCGAGGAUAGUCGGCGCCGAAUGUGGAGGCAGGGCUUCAACACGCUCCUGGCCGGUAUCUUCACUAUACCGGUCUGCAUCAUCGCCUUCCACGAGGAUCUCGCUAGUGAAAAGUCGGGGGCGGUGGUGUCCCUGGUUCUUGCCACAGCAGUACAGGGGAUUGCCGUUGUUGAGUUCUACCGCCCGGCCCUCCUCACACUCCGGUACAGCCGGAUUGUGGAGAUGGAUAUGCUGGUUGUUAUGAGCAUCACCGCCGCAUACGUCUACUCGGCCGUGGCUUUCGGAUUCACCAUGGUCAACAGGCCACUUGAUCAGGGACAGUUCUUCGAAACAAGCACGCUCCUGAUCACCCUGAUCCUGGGCGGGCGUCUCCUUGCCGCGUUUGCCCGUGUCCAGGCCAUCAAGUCGGUGUCGCUGAGGUCGCAACAGAGCACGCAGGCCAUCCUGGUGACGGAGACCGGCGAGCGCGAGAUCGAUGCCCGCCUCCUCCAGUACGGGGACGAAUUCAGGGUGCUUCCGCAUUCGCGCAUCCCAACAGACGGCACAGUGGUCGCCGGAAGAACCGACGUGGACGAGUCCAUGAUCACUGGAGAAGGCAUGCCGGUGACGAAGCAUGCCGGCGACAUGUUGAUUGCCGGUACCUUGAAUGGUGACGGUUCAGUCAUCGCGUCGCUGAUGCGUCUCCCCGGAAAGAACACGGUCACUGAUAUUGCGCAGCUGGUGGAGGACGCGGCCAACUCUGAGCUCAAGCUGCAGGAUCUGGCCAACAAGCUGGCAUCGUGGUUCGUUCCGGUCAUCGGCAGCUCGGCGGUCAUUGUCUUCGUCGUCUGGACCGUCAUCGGGCUCGCCGUGCGUCACGAUGGGGCUGGGGAAAGCGUCGGCAACGCCGUCACCUACGCCGUGGCCACUCUAGCCGUGGCCUGUCCCUGCGCAGUCGGCCUCGCGGUUCCGAUGGUUCUCGUGAUGGUGGGCGGUAUGGCAGCCAAAGGCGGAAUCAUCAUCAAGUCGGGAGGCACGACGGAGCGAGCCCGCAAGAUAACGGAUGUCGUACUGGACAAGACGGGCACCAUCACCGAAGGAGGAUUGAGAGUGGUGGAGCAGUCGAGACUCCAGGCGGAUGGCGACGAAGCUGCCGCCCUGGCCAUGGCCUUGAUGGCCGGAGGGAAGCAUCCGGUCUCAGCGGCGGUGGAAAAGUAUCUGACGAGUCUCAUGGUCGGGCCCGCGGCGGACGUGUCGGACGUGCGGGGGAUUGCAGGGGCCGGCGUCGAGGCCAGUUACAGAGGGCUCAGGGUCCGGGCCGGAAACGCCCGUUGGACGCAGACCAGGCACGUGGGCGAGGUGGUGCGUCUCCGGGAGGCCGGGUUGACGGAACUGGUCGUCGUGCUGGGAUCAAGGCCACUCAUCGUCUUUGGCCUGCGUACGGAGCUACGACCAGAGGCGGCACGAGUGGUCGCGGAGCUCCAGGAUCGCAACAUGACGCAGAGCGCGGCCGACGUGGUGCUCCUCAACGGCCUGGAGGGAAUCCCCCGGCUGCUGGACCUCAGCAGGGCGGCCUCUCACCGGAUGCUCUUCAACUUUGUCUGGUCAGGCGUGUACAACGUGCUGGCCGUCAGCAUGGCCAGCGGGGUAUGGGUGAGAUUUCGCAUAGCGCCAGCGUACGCGGGCCUGGGGGAGUUGGUGAGCGUGGUUCCGGUGAUUCUGGCAGCUGUGUCCCUGUGGCUGGUCGAGUUUUGA